AUGUUAAAAGAGAAGAAAAUGAUGUGUGGUUAUUUCUACCUGCUGGCCAUACUCAUCACCAUCUUGGCCACUCGAGGAACAUCUGCGAGAGGAUUUAUACCUCCCCCUCCCCCACCACCACCCCCACCACCAGGAAAUGGUCAACCCCCUCCUCCUCCUCUUCCUCCUCCUCCACCAGGUGGUCAGCCGCCACUAGGGGAUGUUAAAUGUACACUCCCACCAUCUCCAAAUGAUCUUCCACCACCACCACCACCACCGUUUCUGAUUGGUCAAUCACCUCCAAAUGGCCCUUUACCACCUCCACCACCACCUCCACCAUCGAACUGCACUUUACCCCCAAAUGGCCCUCCACAAAAUAAUCAAUCAUCUACAAAUGGCUCUUUCCCAAAUGGUCCUCCACCAAAUGGCCAACCACCUCCACCAAAUGGUCAACCUCCUCCACCAAAUGGUCAACAACCUCCAAAUGGCCCUUCCCCAAAUAAUCAAUCCUCUCCAAAUGGCUCUUUCCCUAAUGGUCCUCCACCAAAUGGUCAACCACCCCCACAAAAUGGUCAACCACCUCAAAAUGGUUCUCCACCAAAUGGCCCACCCCCAAAUGGUCCUCUACCAAAUGGUCUUCCACCAAAUGGUCAACCACCUCAAAAUGGCCAACCCCCAAAUGGUCCACCUCCAAACGGCCAGACCCAAGCAACUCCACCAAAAGGACAGUGA